AUGGAAGGGUCGGGUAAGUUCCUCGUGACUGCCGUUGGGGUGCACUCCCAAGCUGGUAUUAUCUUCACCCUCUUGGGAGCCACUGAGGGGGCUGGAGGGAUGGCAGGCCUAGAUGGCUCUCCCGCGUCUGCCCUGCCUCAGCCCGCUGUGGCGGCCCCGCCAAUCGACAAGGCCUCAGCCCAGACUCCACUGCUAAACCAAAACAACCAACUCAUGGCUGAUGGCAUCGAACACAGAGGUGGCGCGAAUCCGCCUGCAGCUACAGAAGUUGGCCGAUUAAACAACCUCGGGGACCACACCGCACCAAUCGAUAAUCGCACUGCCGAGUCCCUUCAUCCUGGCAACGGGAAGGGUGGCGACAGUGAUGCACAGGUCGUGAUCGCUGACAAAGCCGCAAAAAAGAAGAAAAAGCGGACGAAGAAAAAGUCGUCUGUGCUACAGGCGAAGCUCAAUCACUUGGCCGGAGUCAUUGGACAAGUCGGCACUGUAAUCGCCGUCUUGACAGUCAUCAUUCUCUUUGUCAAGUUCGCAGUCAACACCUACUACAUUGAGGGUGAGCCCUGGAACACGAGUGUCCACUUGAAACAGUUCAUCCACUUCAUCAUCAUCGGUGUCACUGUAUUAGUCGUCGCUGUUCCCGAGGGACUUCCUUUGGCUGUAACCAUCUCCCUCGCAUACUCUGUCAAGAAGAUGAUGAAGGCAAGUAGCCCCUGUGAUCACGUUCAUACCGCGGAUAAUAAUUUAGUUCGCCAUCUGGAUGCCUGUGAAACGAUGGGCAACGCGACGGCCAUCUGUUCGGACAAGACAGGGACGCUCACCACGAACCGAAUGACUGUUGUACAGUGCUACAUCGGUGGCCAGCACUCCACUGAUCAGAACAAUCUGCCCCAAUUGAGCCAGAUUAAUCAGAAGCUGGGUCACCUUCUUGUUCACAGUAUAUCCAUUAAUAGCGGAUACACUUCCCGAGUUUUGGUUAGUUAG